AUGCCUGAACAGAAAAAACCCUCGGAACCCAAGAAGAUGGCUGCCGUCACUGUCAUCGCCAAUCCACUUGCCAAGGCUAAUGACAAAGUUCUCAUCUUCCAAAGCGGCGAUGUCAACCUGGCACUUCGCGUUUCCUCGCGAAGCCUCAUCGACUUCAAUGCUCGUGCAUCCAUGGGCCCCAAGAGUACCGAGGUCGUGGGCCACAAACUGACUGUGCCCAGUCAGCUUGUCAGCAUGGUGUACCAGGACACGGUGACGGUGUACGGUAUUACCGGUCAGGAGGUCGCGGACCUGAAGGUCGAAAUGCUCAGCCCUGUCCAGGCAUGUGUCGGGGAGAACGGUCUGAAGCCAAUUACGGGCGUGCUUGCUGGUUGUGCCCAGCCAGAUGGGGAGAGGGGUUGGCUCUACUUCAUCACGAAAGACGAUGAUGGCAACACCAAGAUUGGUGAAUGGGUUCUGUCCGAGCAGGGCCCCAAGAUGAACUAUCUCGAUCUCGCAGACUUUAGCCCCGACACGAAUCUGUAUGCCGUAUACGACGAAGCGCAGAAGAAGCGCUGGCUCAUUCUCCAGCAAUCUGACGAUACGGUAAUCAUCUACGAUCCAGCCAAUAACAAGAAAUUCGACGUCUCCGAGUCAGACACACGCGUCAUGUCCAACACACCUCUUGCUGUCACCAUUAUCCCUGGGAAUGAGGAGAAGAAACGCGAAUGCCGCAUUGUCAUCUACUUUGUCAGCGUUUUGGACAAGAAGCUGAAGAAGAAGAGAUUAUUAAGUGCCAAUGCCGUGUUGGGUGGCAAAACCAUCACCUUUGAGGAGCCCGAGGAACAGCCUCGUGUGGUCAAGUCUUCGGAUGAUUCGGAGACUGUUGUCAAGGACUGGGCAGGUCUCUCGGCGUACCUGGACACACCAAGAGAACGUGUCGUUGUGUUUGGUUUGACCACAAAGGAGGAGGGCCGGGAAGCUACCUUCCAGGCUAUUCAGCACCCUUGGAAACGACUGACCGACUCCAAGUGA